UCAUCGAUCCCACGCCCAGCGCUGCAGCGCAGCUACGUAUGAUCAGAAUAGAAUUGGUCCAUAUGUAUCGGGCGUAAUCCCCAGCAAGCUGUAGGCUAUGGCUUCCACAGUGGUAGAAUGCCUGAAGCAGACUCCAAAAGGGAAACUGAACUAUGGGACGUGCAAUUCUUCUCCGCAGCAGCAGCAGCAACAACAGAACAGCAGUAGUGCUGACUCCUCAUUCAACCUGGGGUUAAACGAUAGCUUCAGACCAGUCGUUCCGCUAAGUACUCUCUAUUUUUCACCUCCCAGUCGCACCGAAAGCUACCCAACGUCGCUGACAUCGACGCCCGUAGAUUGCAAUGAGGAUGAACGGGCGUCUGCAAGACAGAGAGAGGUUCAGCGCGAUGCCGUGAACGGCGAUUCCUCGCUGGCUUUAUCUCCUGCACAAUGCUCUACUCCUGCUGCUGCUGAGGUUGACAGCCUCGUCGAGGCGGCCGGGGAUCUCUCGAUUGCAGACGAGGCAGCGGGCGGCCAUGCGCAGGCGGACGACAGCCAUGGCUUUCCGCUUGUUGAGUCGCAGUCUGACGCCCGGCUGGCGUAUCAGAGAGAGCUUCAGCAACGGCGAGCAGAGGAGAAGCGAGACAAACAAAUACACCAUGAAGCUUUUGCAAGCAAGAUGGUGUCGUUUCAAAGAGAGAACGAGGCGCAGAAGAGGGCUUUGUAUCACCAGCAGCAGGAACUAACGCGGCGACGCUGUGAUGAGCAGCAACGCGAUAUAGAGGAGAUCGAGCAGCAGAUUGAGAGGGAAGAGCGACAGAAAGAUGCGGACCUCGCACGGGAACGCAACCGGUGUCGGGAUGUUCUUGAGCGUGAGCGUCUUCAUGCGGAAGAGCAGGAGAAACGUCUGCUAGAGGAGCAGAAAAGGGCUGAGGAAGAGGCACGGCGUAAGACUUUGAUUGCAAAGGAAGCGGCCAUGCUAGUCAUGCUCUCUACCAAUGUCGAGAAAAUACUGGUCAGCCAGAGCGCGAAUGUGCACAUGCCACAGCCGGACACGCAACAGUUUCUGGACAAGGUGAAGCGCACGCAGACUGCCGCACACCGGAUAGCGCAGGCGCCACUCAUCAACGAUGACGUCGAGCUGAAAAAGCUCCCCUCUCAGGCCGACUUGAGGACAGAACUGGAGCGCCUGGUCGCUGUUGCUAAGCAGGCUGUGGAUGCGGCAAGGAAGCGCGAAGAGGAACUGGCAGCUGCAAGUCAGCAGCAGCAACAGCAACAACAGCAACAGCAGCAGCAACAGCAGGCUAGCCCAGCGGCAGCCACAAAGUCCGACACCGUAACUAGCCCGGCCGCCACCAAAACACCAUCGCCGGUGAAGACCGUAGCUGAAACGUCAGCUGCUAAGGAAAUCAAGGUGCCAGAGAUCUGGCGGGGUGCUCUCACUCCGUCGUCAUGCAAGCGUUACAUGGAGCUGACCAACCUGCUCAGCUCAACCGAAGACAAGCUGGCCGCUUUCAAGGCCGACAAUGCACAAAAGCCGUACCGUGACCUGCUGUCGCGUGUGAUCAUCACAACAGUAAACACAGUGUCGUCGCAGUCAGCACAGCACAUGCAGGACAAGAUCAAGCGAAUGCUCAACAUCCUCACUGGCAAGAAGGUGAACGUCGGCACCAAGGAAGUGGCCGCGAACCAGCACCCGGAUGCCAAGCUCUUCAGUACUAACGUACUGGCCCAGCAUAUUGUGAUGCAAGGCGAGAAGCAGAUUGCAUCGCACGCUGAGUCCGCGUUUCCGUUCGCCGCCGUAGUCAUCGGCGUGUGGGACAAGGACGCUCUGUUUGGUGAUCUGCUCAUUGCUCACCUGUAUCGUGCAUGCCCCGUUGCCGUGCCGUUCUAUCCGCCGCGACUGCAAGGGCAGACCGAGAACGAACAUCUGAGGUCACUUGGAUUCCGCCUGAAGGCCGGCAAGCCAGAGACGAACGACCAGUUCUCGACACGCAUGAUGGGUUUCAUGCGCCUGUACGCGUCCAUCAUGCAGGCAACACCUCCGCACGGCAUUGCCCAGAAUCCACACGGCGUUGGUCAUGCCUGGGUAUGGCUAGCACGUACUAUGAACCUGAAAGCGCGACCGACCGUAACCGCCACCGCUGUCGGUGCUCUGCUGGAGAUUGCUGGUCAUGCCAUGAAGGACACGUUUCGCGCACAAUUCGAUCGCCUCCUGCAGCUGAUGAGCGGAGGGUUACUGAAAAGGAUAGAGGAGGUGACACAAAAAGACGAUCAAGGCCCUUUGGAGCGACUUCGGCAAAUGCUCCAGGAGGCCAUGAAACGAGGCGGCAGAUUCAAAGUUCCGGAGGGUCACAUUCCACCCAGCUACUGGACAACUACAGAUUACAACGAGCCCACAGUGGAGCAGCUGAUCUCUGGCACGGCGUUUGCUUCGUACUAUUGAUCGCGAUGGUGCUGCUCUGCUUUCCUCUUUGCCUGUGCAGUUGUGUGUAGUGAUGUGUGUAGUGAUGCAGCGAUGUGGUGCAGUGCGUGCCGAGAAGUUAGAUCCCCGGGUGACCGUGUUUAUUAGUGUUUAUGUACCGGUAUGUCAAUUUUCAAAUCAUGUUGAGCCAUUUUAAUCUGCCCGAAAUUUAUGGGUUCUCAUUUCUAUUUUUUUUACUUUUUGAAGUAUUCUUAGUGCGGCCACGGCUGCUGGACCAA